CGCAGAUGGAGAGGGAACACUGCAAGUGCGCGGAUAGUGUGUUUUGCCUUUUCUUAUCUUUUGUGGUUUGCUUCUAGUCGUGGUGAAAGAUUUUUCGUGUUGAAAUAAAUUAGUGGUUGAAUAUUAUUCAAUAUUUAAUACAAAAGAGUAGUUAUUUUACACGAAAUUCUGCAAUCACGUUUGCAAAAUAAUAAAUAUCUAGGCAUUUUUCUAUGAGAUGUAUUCAUUGAUCUUUCUUUUGCUCAGUAAUGUAAACUCUAGGUAAUGAUAGCCAAUACCAGUGGUAACAAGCUUAAGGCUUCAAAAGGGUUUAGGGAAUCUGAUGGCUUUAGGUUGCUAGUUAGUGAAGAAAAGACUAAAGUUGACAGAGGAGAGGGGGACAAGGAUAGAUAUUCAGGUGACAUUCAAGGUAAAAGUUCAUAUUCAACUAGUGUUGUGUAUUCAAGGGAUAGAGCAUUAAAACCUCGAACAAAACACAGAGAUGACUUUAGAUUUAGUCGUGGUACUUCAGAAAGGAGAGGUGGUGGUUCUCGGGGGAGGGGGACUACACAUAGAAAGAUGGAUAAGGACGGAGAAAUUUUCAUUCCUCGCGGAAAAUUUCAAGAAUCGCUGAUGAAAGGGAAAUCCAGUGAUGGUGUAAGCUUGUGUCCUAGUAAAUAUAAUAAUGACACUGAUGGAGGAAAAUCAAAAUCUGCUGAUUAUGGACACUACCUUGGUCUACCAGAAGAUUCAAGGAUUUCAAAAGUAUUACGACGAAUGUCAAGAGAAGAUGACCCAGAAAAAUUCAUAGCUUAUGGAAAUCAAUUGCAGGAGGCACUGGUUGCUACGGACAACGCUAGAUACAUCCGCAGAUCUCUGGACAUGAUCUGUGACUCUCUACUGGACCUGAUACACAGUGGGCCGAACUACGAGGCCAAGUUACAUGCGGCCAAAUGUCUUGGCAGGCUCGGACACGCUCUUGACCAAGACUUUAAACGAUUCAUGGACUGGGUGUUUCCAAAUUACACGGUUGAACGCAAUGAUGAAGUCAGGGGUCUCCUGUUGAAAGCGGUUCUUGAGACUGUUCGUUUGGAAAGGGAACAACCUCGUCUGAAGGACUUCGCUCAGACGCUGAUGUAUAACCUCCAUAUAGCUCUGGAGGCGGUAGACAAGUCACACCUACUCUUGGUGGCAGUGGAGGUUAUCCUCGACCUCGCAUCCAUCUACCCUGAUAUGUUUACUAAAUAUUUUACUGAUACAGUGGAUAUCCUGGUGGGUUGGCACAUCGACCUGACGACUCCUCCAAGCGUGAUCUGCUAUGCUUCUCAGAGCCUGCAGCGCCUCUCCCACUACUGGGCUAACGACAUUGACUUCUCUGUCCUCAUGUUGAGACACUUCCUUGAAGACACAGAGUCCUACGCUGAGGAGCUCACAGAUCCUUUGUCACCUGUCGAGGAUCAACUGUCCAAAACUAUUACCGUGGAAGAGAAAAUUAUCAGAGUUACCUCAUUCAUAAACUGUUCAACAUCCUUCUGGGCUGAGAGUAGAAAUGAAUGCGCUUGGUUGCUGCUGAACCUACUUCAGAACAAGACUUGUCCAGCCCAUGAGGACCUCUACCAGCUGUUAGACCUGGAGAUCUCCAUAUACCCCCAGCUGACAAACACAGCUCUCUCCUCCACCCUGCAGUUGGUAGCCAAGGUCGUCAAAGAGCUGAGUGCAAAUCUUCCUCUGGAGUUGGUUCAGCGAAUCUUGAAGCCCGGCUCCGUGUUCCUGGAACUUCGCCUCACCCCUUGCGAGAAAAUCCAUCGCGGCAUCUUGGCUAUCUACCACAGUCUUCUCAGCCUCAAGAACAUCCCCUUACUGAAGGAGGCGUACAGAUUGAUCUUAACCGACUUAGACAGUGCUUACCGUCUUUUGGUGCCAGAGUUGAAAUUGUUGUGUUCCGGAAUCGAGCCAACUGAUCGGACUACUUACGACGAGAACAAGGUGGAGAGUAUCGUCAUAUUCCAACUGAAAGCUCUCACUGAUAUCGCAAAUGCCAGCAACUCCUUGAUCGGCAUGUGGGUGCUACAGCCCACCAUCCUGGACUUGUUGGCGUCCCGGCUGAUCCCGCAGUCUGUCGGCAGAGUCAGCCCUUCCCUCAUGUACACCCAACUGUACCUGCUCUACUCUCACUGCUCCAGGCAUAGUCACUUCAUCACGACCAGCAGCCUUGUGGGAGUUACGCACGGACGCCCCGCAGUGAGUAGCCUACUGGGAUUGCCAGCUUCUGACAUCUCUCAGCAAUCCCCUACCUGCGGCCACUUCUCCGUCAUCCUCGGUCUGCUCUCUAACAUCCUCAACAAGGAAAUGUGCGAGGAGAGCAGUCUAUUGAUGUUAUCAUGGUGUUGUGAACUGCUCGGUCAGUCACAGCCUUACCUGACCACGCUGGCGGCCACAACGGAGAUGAUUGCACUGGUUAGGGCUCUCUGUGCAUGUGCAGCCGCGUCGUUCUCCCCCGCAGUUCUGCUGGCAGUAUGUGCCAACCUGCGGCAACUUGUUGUUCUGCCACACAUGUCUGCGUGGAAAAAAUGUGUGCUGGAAGAGAUUGCAGACGUGUGUUUGCUACACCUGGACUCCAGUGACACCAGGGUGGCCACUAGCUAUUCAGCUCUUUGGUUGCAACUACCUUGGACUGUUGUGAUGCCGACUUUGGCGCAAGGCAUUGUGAAGCAGGGCAGUGUGCGGAGGAGAGUGGAGGUAGCGCUACACACACAGCUGACCCACGAUGCCAGCACAGGAGACAUGUCCAAUCAUCACUUUAAGCGAUUUAUGGCCUUCCUACUGCAGGGACAUGGGAGAGGGGAGUUUGAGUGGCUACAAGAAGUAUUUACGACAUGCUGGUCGCUCACCCAGACUGAGCCGUUCGACUACAACAGUCUGCGGGAGUUGAGUCUCACUUCUGUCACUGUGCUGCUACACUGGGCCACCUGGGAGUCGGCUCAGUUGUGCGUCAACUCCAAAUUGCGCACUCCCCUGGGCAAGCCCGUCGACACCUUCAUGGCUUUUGAAGGUGUGCUGAAAUCGCUGGCGAGGCAAACCGUGGGGUCACAGACUACAGACACAACAGAUGAGUUUGAUGUUUGCCGAGUGCGGUUGCUGCUCGAACUUGUGGAGCAACUAGAGAAGGCGAUGUACAAUGCUUCAGAUGGCACAGCCUCAGCUCUUAUUGCUCCAUCAAAACCGGUACGCUCGUUCUUCCACACCAACAAGAGCACAUGCCACGAGUGGCUGAGCCGUAACAGGAGCGCUGUAGUGGCAGUGGCCCUGCGCGCUGGCAUGGCAUCAUGCGCCGUCCGGCACGGCUACACACUGCUGCAAGACCUCCUAGACCUGGGCAACACUAAGGGAUCAGAGUUUGAGAAUGCUGUGCUGCAAGUGGCUUGGGCGUUGUUGAAGCUGAAGCAGUCAGAGCCCAUACAAGGACUGUACGUUUGGUGUCGGGACAUCAUCGGAAUCAAGUUCCCCUGUCUAAAGGCAAUGGCGGACCAGGCUGCUGGCAAGUUAGAAACAGCUGUUGAUUCAUACAUGAAGAUUGUACAAAAUGAAAGUUUGGAAUCACCGACUAGACAUUUGGUAGCUGAACAUUCUGCUGACAAUAGUCACUCAGCGAAAACUUUAGUAGCUGACCAAAUUACGGAAUGCUAUCUGGCACUGCAAGAUUGGACGGAAUUGGCUCGCUGGAAAACCAGUGAGGCAGAGCUCUUGGCUAGUCAAAAUGGAGGAUCAUUUCUGAGAUAUAAGUACUUGACAGAGAAGGAUGCCGAGGCCCUGGCUGAGUUUGAGAAGGAGAGCUACUCUGCAGCGUACGAGUUGCUAGAGUGGGGCCCAGAGGUGGGGGAUAGCCCUAACAACACACCCGCCCUCGCCUGGGACUGUUAUAAGGUGUUGGGUGUCACAAGACACUCUUUGGCCAAGACCGCAGUGAAGUUUGUGGCCAACGGCAUAAUUCAGGACAGUGAUCGGGAGGUGCUGCGCGAGUGUCAGGCUGCGGCGCACAGCUACCUGGUCGAGGGUUUGCGCAACACCCCUUCCGAAGUGGUACAAGAGGCAGCCAUUUUGGAGUUUGCUGCCAACGCCAUGUUGAGUGAGAGUGAGGUCGUUGUGCACAGUGCUAUUGACGGAAGUGGAGUGUACAAGUUGACAAACGUAGACAGCACCCUGUUGGCCCGACUGUUGUGGUGGGAGCGUGUGUUGGACAAGCUGCAGAUUAUCUCCCACUCUUCUCCCCAACUGAGUCUAGAUGCAGCGAGAUUGGCACGUAAAGAGGGCAACCUGAAACUAGCACUGGCCCAGCUGUCACAUCAUGUGAACCAGAUCCUGCACCAUGACAACGGACAUAGAACCGCUCUGGUCCUGACAGAUGAUAUACUGGCGGACUUGGACCGCAGUGAGGAGCCCUGGAGUCUGCCGCACGCCUGCGCCUUCGCGGAGCUCUCCAAACUGCUCUAUAGUGUGGGGAGCCAGCAGCUGGCACUCUCCGUGGCCACACAGACCUGUCUGCGGCUAGCGGACUGCGAGGAGGCUGCGGUGAGAGAGAGAUGUGCCCGGUUGCUGCUGACUGUGGCCAAGUGGACACCCCUGCUGGACUCGCCUGCCUCGCUGCAGCAGCUCAUCGACUGGCAACGAGAUGCUCCUGCCACUGCCACCAGCCUUCUGGACAUAUCCAACUUUGAUACGGAGGGUGAUCCGGUGGGCUCAGUGUUGUACUUGGCAGUGUGUCACUGCCCCAGCCUGGCCAAGACCUGGGCCCGACUGGCCGGCUGGGCCUACCGUUGGGGCCGCAAGGCUACGGAUCAUGUGCUCAUUGCCGCGGACAAGGAGGCCAUCGACUCCCUCAUCCCUGAGGGUAUCAGCAACAGUACUGUGUACUCCAUACUGGCCGACACCACACCACCCAUCGACGACGAGGAUAUCGAGGCUGAAAACACCAAUGCCAGUGAUAUGAUAGAGUGUCAGCUCAAAGCUCUUGGGACAUUCAGUUCUGAGCAGUUGGCAGGACUGGUGGACAUGUGGCGCAAAUCUCACUCCCGCACUUACAAUUUCUACCAGCUCUCUGCCCACUCCUACUUCCGGUACUUGCAGCUCUGCGACAGUCCUCAGGAGGACAGCCAAGCGAUCACGGCUACACUGAGACUGCUGCGUUUGAUUGUGAAGCACGCCCAGGAGCUGCAGAGUGUGCUGGAGGUGGGGUUGUCCACGACCCCCACCCGCCCAUGGGUCUGCAUCAUCCCACAGCUGUUCUCCCGGCUGAGUCAUCCUCAGCCAUUUGUACGCCGCCGCGUCACAGAGCUACUGUGCCGCCUUGCCGCUGAUCAGCCACAUCUCAUCAUCUUCCCGUCAGUGGUCGGCAGCGAUGCUGGUGCAGCAACCAUCCGUGAUAUGCCACACACAAAACUGUUCAGCACAGCAGGGACGAGGGACCUGGGUGAGGAUCUAGAAAUGGCUGAGGAUGAGGAGGAGGAGUUUGAGGAUGAUGAGGUGGAAAGUCAAACAGCUGAGGAGACACAAGCCAUGGAGAACUGUUUCCAGGCGAUGGUCGAUAUACUGGCAAAACAGGAACCGGAGGGGAUCGCUCAGGUGCAGGUGUUUGUGAGCGAACUGCGCCGAAUCACGUUGCUCUGGGACGAGCUGUGGCUGGGGACUCUGGUGCAACACCACGCAGUGGUUGCACGGCGCAUCGCACAGCUGGAGACAGAAGUGUUGCGAGUCGACGAUAACGUACAUUUGUCACCGGCUGAGAAAGACAGGCUAGUGGCGGAGAAACACCGGACUAUCCUUAAACCGAUACUGUUUGUUCUGGAGCAACUUCACGCUAUCACAUCGGUGACUGCGGAGACACCUCAUGAAGUUUGGUUCCAAGAGAAAUUUGGAGGAGACAUAGCUGAAGCGUUGGAGAAGCUGCGAUGCCCGGCAGAUCCACGAAAACCUGGAGACGCUUGGUCAGCUCUCAAACGAUUACAGCUGAAGCUUCAGCAACGUGCAACCAAGCGGUCUGCGUACUCACUGCGUAUGUCUGAGGUCAGCCCUACACUGGCAGGACUGCGAGACACUCAGAUCUCCAUGCCUGCGCCGCGCGUACUCACCGUGGCAGCCAUUCACGACCACAUCGCAGUGCUCCCCACCAAGACCAAACCCAAGAAACUGGUCUUCCAAGGCUCUGAUGGAAAACCGUACACAUAUCUCUUCAAGGGGCUGGAAGAUCUGCACCUUGACGAGAGGAUCAUGCAGUUCUUAGGCAUCGCCAACACGAUGCUGCGUGGCUCCGGGUACCAGGCCCGCCACUACGCUGUCGUGCCGCUGGGUGUGCGCAGCGGACUUAUUAGUUGGGUGGAGGGUGUCACACCUCUCUUCUCCCUGUACAAACGGUGGCAGCAACGACAAGCUUCUAUCAACCAGAGCACGGUGAUGAGACCGUCGGAGGUGUUCUACUCCAAGUUAAAUCCGUUGCUGAAGGACUGUGAGGUCAGCAAGCCAGAGAACCGCAGUGAGUGGCCCUUGCCAGUGCUGAAGCAGGUCCUGAAGGAGCUCAUGCAAGAGACUCCCACAUAUCUGCUUUCUCGGGAACUGUGGUGCGACAGUGUGAACGUGGGUGGAUGGUGGCAGAGCACCAAACUGUAUUCUACCUCUCUGGCAGUCAUGUCCAUCAUCGGCUACAUCAUCGGACUGGGAGAUCGUCACCUGGAUAACGUUCUAGUCGACCUCACUACUGGCCAGGUGGUGCACAUCGAUUACAAUGUGUGUUUCGAGAAGGGGAAGACACUCAGGGUGCCAGAGAAGGUUCCGUUUCGUCUGACGCCCAACUUGCGAGCCGCUCUGGGUGUGACAGGAGUCGAGGGAAUAUUUCGUCUGACCUGUGAGCAUGUGCUGAAGGUGAUGAAGAAGGGACGGGAGACAGUCCUGACACUGCUGGAGGCAUUCGUGUACGACCCCCUCAUAGAUUGGACACCUGGCAGUGAGACAGGAUACACAGGAGCUGUAUAUGGCGGUGGCCGGGCGGUUGCCAUGGAGACUAGACAGAGCCGUAAGCAGCUGGAGAAGGAAGUGACCACCUCCAUGCUGGUAGUCAGACUGGCAGAGAUGCGAUAUGACUGGUUGGAGAACAGGGACAAGCUGGUGGUAGAGUUGCCAGAGUUGGCCGCAGCUAUACGCCAAUGGCUCGCGGAGGCGGAGAAACUAAAAAAGGCGGAAGAGUCUCUACAGGAGCGACAUCAGCAACUGGCUCUGGUCAAGGAGGCGGAGGCUCACGCACAGCAUGCACUUUACACACUACCCGGACGUUAUGUGGCUCACUGUGCGGCCACUGACGCCACUACCAAGACACACAGUGCACUGCAGUUGCGGGCAGAUGAGUGCGCCAGGCAGAUUCAACAGUAUAAGAUGGCACUGGGUUACUUGUACGGGCCCCAGCUUGCGCAGUCGGUGGCCGAAGUCAGCUCUCCCAACAAACAGGACAGCUACCUGGUGUUCGACCUCAUCAAAGAGUUUCUACAAAACGCAGGCCAGGGCCAAAUGGUCUUGCAGUGUAUCCAAUCGGAGAAGGAGCUUUGCGACUUAUGUUGUCAGCAGACUCAGUUGACCAGAGCGUGUCUGGACUUGCUGGGGCAAUAUGGUGCCAUAGUGAGACAAUUCCCCGUGUCCCAAAUCAACCUCCACCGCACCUCCCUAUACCACCGGUGGGCCUCCACCUUGCUACAGUCCCCCUACAUAGAGAGUUGUGAAGCGGUCCUAGCCGAGAUGAAGGUGGCGUUAUCUCCUCCGCCACUGGCUCAGGCGUCAGUGGUGGUAGGUUACAACAUGGCACUGCAGCGGUUGCUAGCGGAUAGUCGAGCCCACGCUAAGCGAAUGUUAGACCGUGCCAGUGUGAUAGAGCAAGCGGGUGACGGCGAGAAAGCCAUGGAGCGAGUCGCCGACAGGUCCCCACUCGCUCUACAGUGUGUCAUCAUCACUGCUCUGUGUAACCUGAACAAGCGAUUCCUGGUCAUGGAGAGUGCGGCUAAGAGCACGAAGGACUGCUUGGUGGACCUGACAUCUCAGAAGGGAGAGUGGUUCUUGGACGACAUGUGUCUAAGCGCAGGAACCAUGGUGAGGCUACUCUCCCUACUGCCUCCCCCUGAGCCGGGAACUACACUGCACGCAGCUGUCAAGUGUCUACAAGCUGCGCACAACCAGUACAAGAGCCUACAGGAGUUAAACCUGAACUUUUCAUCUAUCAUACUGCCUGAGGCUAUCCAAACGAUACAGAGGGAGGAUCCGACGGUGUUGACUUUACUAGCAGAACUGGACUCUAUCAUUGCCUCUGUCCAGAUGCCUCUGGGAGAUCUGGUCAGCCAACUUCAGCUACACCUACACUUGCUUGUCACCGGCAUGGGCGCGAUACCAGAAGGGUGUCAGGCGGCGGUGGCAGUUGCCACAGGGCUCCAGGAGGCAGUGGAAGCGAUGUUCCAGCGGUUGGGCUCAUCUGAUCCGCUCUCGCCCGGACAAAUGCUGCUCAUGGGGUUCAACGGGCUGUUUGACAAUCUGGCGCUGGGCUGCUGUGGGCUCGUGUCUGCCCUCGCAACUCUGCACAUCCCAGGGGCAUGGCGCAGCGUAGAUCAGCUGCGAGACGCCAAGUUGCUGGCAGCCCCGACAUACGACCCCGCUCCUAGAGCAGUCCUGGACCGCAUAUUCCUGGUGAAGCGGUUGCAGGCGAUGCAAGAACUGUUUGCAUUGAGCCGUGCAAACAGUGAGUCCUUCAAGGGUGUUGGGGCGACGUUACCGUGUGACGAUGACCGACUGAAUAGACCAAUCCGAUGUUUUACUGCCGACUACGUGAGCUGUCAGCUGCUCGGAGUAUUUUCUCAUACUAUGGCCGCCACUGUGUGUCUCCUGUUGCAGCAUGUCGGACUCAAUGUUACUGGGGAGGUGGAGCAACGUGAGGUAGGCGCGGAUAGUCGCGUGCCACUGGAAGACUUGUGUCGCGCAGCCGUGGACUGCUGCGUACGCCAGGGAGUUGUCACCAGUGCCACUCUCAACCAGGCGAGCGCAGCAGUGAGUGCGGUGGAGGUAGGGUGGCGAGCGACACAGCUCACUCUCCGACUGACGCAGGAUGCUCAGCGCGCAGAGCUCACGACUCAGCGGCUCCAGCUGCAGCUCACCGCACACUGCUGGCUACAUGAAGACAUGCUGGCUGCUGCACAACUCUCUCCACCCAUCAGUCGAGGUACAUUCAUGGUGGAACUGCGCAAGACUUGCACUGCGCUCAUGGCCUUGCAACCGAACCUAGCUGAGGCAAUCGAACAAAAGAAUAGUUUAGUGGCGAGUGCUGAACAGCGGCUCAAGUGGGCAGCCGGAGCCAACCCUGCUCUCGCUGAGGUGAUGUCUGCAUUCGAGGCAGCGGUGGCCAAAAACAACGAUCAGCUGUUAAUGGAACAGCGACUAGCAGGUGUGGUGGCCAACAUCUGUAACUCUGUCCUGAUGUACGAGGCGCUGCGCACUCGUACCUCAGAGGCACUGGCUAAUGACGCGGCAUUCCUUCAGCUGGUUGAGAGCACUCAACAGAGCUCAAGGCUGCACCAGACGCUCAACACCCAACUAUCACCCCUGGAGGAGAGUCUGGUGAAGCUGUGUCCGCCGGACUCGCAGAUCGACUGGGCUUGGAUCGCCAAAGCUGAGGCCCUCAUAUCUGAGUCAGUGAAGGCAUUGAUGAAAAAAAUGGAGCCCCAGAGGGUGGAGCUGUUUGCUGCUUGUGACGCCAUCAAGAACAAGGCACUCACCGUUCGCUCACUACUGAGCACUCACAACCGCACCAUGGCGGACGUGCGCUCACUACUCAAGACUAUGGUCAAGUUCGAGGAACCAGGAGUAUCUGAGUACCUGAGCCGCUACCGAGCGUACACCGAGCGACUCAUUGCUCUCAUCAAGACCAUCAUGGGCAUGGACGAUUUGACUCAGGAGAAGAUACAGGGUCUGUUGCAGGAAGUGGCAAUCAUACAGGAAGAAACACCGGGAAUCUACGAGGAGUUGCUGCAGUUGUCUGCAGAGGGAGAGAGCAGAGCCAAUAAGCGACCUCCGUUGGUGCGACAAGACAGCGUUUGUGCCUCACCUCGCCGCGACCCACAGACUGGCAAGGCUGUGCAAGAGAGAAAUGCAUAUGCGUUGGGCGUUUGGCGGAGAGUGCGUUUGAGAUUGGAAGGAAUGGAUCCGGACAUGGAUGCAGAUGGAUCAAGAAGAUAUACAGUGCAAGAACAGGUGGACUGGGCUAUCAAUGAGGCAACCAGCCUGGACAACCUAGCACUGUUGUACGAGGGGUGGACACCGUGGGUCUGAGCUGCCGACGUGAGGCUGUGAGGCUCUGAUAUUCCGGACCCGCGAGGGCGAGGCAGUAAGGGGAGGGAGGGGAACACAACCCCUCCACCAGCGGUCGCCCGCCGACCAUCUCCCCUUCUAUUGGAUACGUCGUUUUGCUUUUAUACUUCAAUAUUGUGAUCGUUGUUUUGUGCCAGUGCGCCACGGGACGCACUGGCCCCAUGAUUUGUUGAUUUUGUGCCGAAAUAAAUAGUCUACUUCAACUCAGAAUGGGUAGACUUAUUGUGGAUAGAUGGCAAGGCCCUGAUGUAUGUUUGUGGUUACACAUUUUAUACUUAAAGCAUUUCUUUUUUUGUAUUUUGUGAUUUGUGAAAAGUUGUAUUUCCUUUAUUGCCAGACAGAUUAAUUUCUCCACCGUGUUCUAUAAUGUUUGUGAUCAGAAUGAUUCUGGCUUUCAAUUUCAAAGUGUCACAUUUAAUAACUAUUAUUAUAAGUGUUAUGUAUGUUUGAUUAAAUUUGCCAAUAAGUUUUACAUUUUUAUAAUUUUUCUUCGGUUUCUUGGAAUUGUCAACUAGAGGAAGGUUGGGUAAAUCUUGUUUCUGUAGUACUCAAUACUUAUUGAACAUAAUAGAAAAAUGAUCUUAUUUAAGUAAAUGUAGGACAAUUUACGAUAAUCUUGAAUAUAACAUGAUUAUUGCCAUCCUUGGCAGUUUCCGCCAUAGCUGGUUGGCAUGAUACAAAGUACCGUUCAGCUCUUAUCUUUCCAUCUUGUCUAUUUAAGCAUUCUCAGCCUGUCCUCUACUCCCUUCUCUACACACUUUUGGUUCAUAGUUCUCAUAAUGGAAGGAAGGGGAGACCAAAAAAUGGCCAUUUAACAAACCUAACAGAUGGUUGAAGAGGAUAAAGCAAGUGUGAAUGUAGAAGAGAAGGUGUGUAAUGAAAAUCAGAAGAUGGAAAGCAUUAGACACUGCGAAGGAUGAUUGUAUAUGUAGAAAAUGCAGUGUUAGUGAUAAAAUCCCAAUUUUAGUGAUAAAAAGCUUUGAAAUAGGAAAGAAAAUUUCAGUAAAUUAGUAAACGGAACAUUGCCAUCUUUCUGGACAUAAUGAAAAAAUGGGUUCAAUAAAAUAUAUUAUAUCAA